AUGGAGCUGUUCGGCCCUUCUAACACAUCCUUUCCCCAGAUCUACGCCCACGAGCAGGUCAGCGAGGUCCGUCAGGCCAUCAUCGAGUCGCCCGCCGCCCAGCAGUACUCCUGCUUCCACCUCGAAUACAAGGGCGCCCGCAUCAACGAGUUUGGCCAGGUCUCCGAGAUCGCAGACCUUGCCCUCGAGGCCGACAUCCACGCCGUCGAAGACCCCUACACCGAGAAGGAGGCCCGCCUCCAUGUCAUUCGGAUACGGGACCUGAUCGGCGCCGCUGGCGACCACCCUGACACUGUCCAUGGUGUCCUGCCUGGCCUGUCCCUCUUCGACAGCGUCACCGCCGAGGCCACCGCUGCAUCUGAGACGACCCCCGUCGAGUUCGACUUCACUGCGCCGGCCGACCAGACUACUCUUCUCCCUCGCCCGUCCUCGGACGAGUCCGCGCCCAAGACCAUCAAGGCGCUCCAGAUCUCGCCCUGGAACCCGCCACCAGCACAUCUGCGCCAAAAGGGCCACCUGAUGUACCUCAUCGUGACGACCAACGAGGGCGAGCAGUUCCAGGUCACCUCGCACGUCGCUGGCUUCUACGUCAACAAGUCGUCCAAUUCCAAGUUCGACCCCAUGCCGCGGCCGGCCCCGAAGGCUCACUCGGCCCACUCACUGCUGAGCCUGAUCGAGGACCUGUCGCCGUCGUUUGCCGCUAGCUUCGUCAAGCUGCAGCAGUUCAACAGCCGCCACGACCCCCUGUCCACUUUCCAGAUCACCAACGCUCUGCCCGCGGCCCCGUGGCUGGUGCCUGCCUUGUCGUCGCCUGCGCGCACGCACAGCUCCGACAUCACCCGCACCCAGGAGGCCUACCUAAUUGCUGGAACGGAGAACGUGGACAACCUGCGCGACUGGAACGAGGAGCUGCAGUCGGCCCGCGAGCUUCCCCGCGACACCGUCCAGGACCGCAUCUUCCGUGAGCGCCUUGUCGCCAAGGUGUUCGCCGACUACAUUGACGCCGCCACCCGUGGUGCCUUGCUCGUGGCCAGCGGCGAGGUGGGCCCGCUGAAUCCCACCGAGGGCCGCGAUGCGCAGAUCUUUGUGUACAACAACAUCUUCUUCUCUUUUGGAGCGGACGGUGUCGGCACCUUCACGUCCGAGGGCGGUGACGAGGCUGCUCGUGUUGCUACUGGCAAGGAUGUUGCCGGUGUGCGCCGCAUUAACCAGCUUGAUCUGGACGGCCUGUACUCGCCCGGCACCGUUGUUGUCGACUACCUCGGCAAGCGCAUUGUUGGCCAGAGCCUUGUGCCCGGCAUCUUCAAGCAGCGCGAGCCGGGCGAGAACCAGAUCGACUACGGCGCGGUGGACGGCAAGGACGUUGUUGCUGCGGACGAGCGUUUCGUUGCGCCGUUCGCCAAGAUGUCGCAGGCGCUGAACGUCAAGCGCCACGCCGUCUGGGACAAGGACCAGAAGCGCCACGAGCUAGAAGCCAGCGUCGAGACCAAGGGCUUGAUGGGCACGGAUGGCCGCAAGUACGUUCUGGAUCUGUACCGCAUCACGCCGCUGGACAUUUCUUGGCAGGAGGCAGGUGAGGCUGCCGAGAAGGACGGCGCCCCUGCCUACCCGCACCGCAUGACAGUACUGCGCCCGGAGCUCAUCGACAUCUACUCGCGUGUCAAGAUGCGUGAGUGGCUCGAUGGCGAGCUUGCCAAGCGCAACAAUGCCAAGGCUGAGGAGACGUCUGAGAAGACCGAGAAGACAGAGGAGACAGAGGAGAAGAUUGAGAAGGCCGAGGAGACGUCUGAGAAGACCGAGAAGACAGAGGAGAAAUCCGAGGAGGGCGAGGCCAAGGCCCAGGACAACCGUAUUGACGUGUCCGAUUUCAAGUUCGCCCUCAAUCCUGACUCGUUCAGCGGCCAGGUGCCGCAGACCGAGGAGGAGAAGGAGGAGAUGGCCAACGACGAGAAGGACGUCCGUGCCGUGUGCACCUAUCUGCAGGACGUUGCCAUCCCGUCUCUGAUCUCCGACCUCAGCGAGUCGGAGAUUAGCUUCCCCAUGGACGGCCGUUCCCUCAGCCAGCUGCUGCAUAAGCGCGGCAUCAACGUCCGCUACCUCGGCCGCGUUGCCACACUGAGCGAGAAAGAGGAGCGCCUCAAGUGCCUGCACGAUGUGUCCGUCCGCGAGAUGAUCUCCCGUGCGUUCAAGCACGUCGCCGCCAAGUACCUUCGCUACCUGCCGCUGCCGCUGAGCUCGGCCUGCCUUGCGCACCUGCUGAACUGCCUGCUUGGCGCUGGCCUGAACUCCAAGCCGACGGCCGAUGUGGACCCGUCCAUCCGCAGCCUCUACAGCGAGGCCGACCUCGCGUUCGAGUCAGUGACGCCUGAGAGUCUGCGCGCCGAUGUCGAGGCGGAGACGGUCCGCCGCUUCCGCUUCACGCUGCCGGCCAGCUGGCACACGGGGAUGCGCAACCACCUGCAGCUGCUGCGCGAGGUCUCGCUGAAGCUGGGCAUCCAGGUGCUGAGCUCCAAGUUUGCCUUUACCGCCGAGGAGGCAACCGCUGCCACGACCGAGAAUGGCCAGACCGGCCAGAACGGCCAGAACGGCCAGAACGGCACGGCGAACGGCGCACCCGCGAACAAUGGCGCGGCUAACGGCGAGGGCAGCAAGAACAAAAAGAAGAAGAAGGCAGCGCGCGACGGCUCGCCGUCGUCGAUCGACUCGGAGGCUCGCGCUGCCGCCGCGCGCCCCGCACACACGUUCUCGGCAGACGACAUUGUCAACGUCGUGCCUGUGGUGAAGGACUCGGCGCCCCGUGGCUCGCUGGCCGAGGAGGCGCUGGAGGCCGGCAAGAUCUCGCUGUCCCAGGGCCAGAAGAAGAUUGGCCAGGAGCUGCUGUUGGAGUCGCUGUCGCUGCACGAGCAGAUCUAUGGUAUCCUGCACCCCGAGGUGGCACACGCGUACCACACGCUGUCGAUGCUGUACUACCAGAUGGACGAGAAGGACGCGGCGGUCGAGCUCGCGCGCAAGGCCAUUAUUGUGUCGGAGCGCGUCGUCGGCGUUGACAGCCAAGAGACGCUCCUCGACUACCUGAACCUGGCGCUGUUCCUGCACCAGCAGGGCAAGAGCGCGCUGGCGCUCGAGUACGCCAAGCACGCGCUGCGUCUGUGGCGCGUGAUGUACGGUGCGGACCACCCGGACGUGAUUACGACGAUGAACAACGCGGCGGUGAUGCUGCAGAGCAUGAAGGCGUACCACGAGUCGCGGCGGUGGUUCGAGGAGUCGCUGCGGGUGUCGGAGCAGGUGUUUGGCCGCGCGUCGCUGAACUCGGCCACGCUUCUGUUCCAGCUGGCGCAGGCCCUGGCCCUGGACCACGACAGCAAGGCGGCUGUGAAUCGCAUGCGCGAGAGCUACAACGUGUUCCUCAACAAGCUCGGCCCCGACGACAAGAACACCAAGGAGGCCGAGAGCUGGCUCGAGCAGCUGACGCAGAACGCCGUGUCGCUGGCCAAGCACGCCAAGGACCAGGAGGCCCGCCGCCUCCGUGCGGGCAUCAAGUUCACGACCCACGGUGCGGCCGCCGGCUCGGUGGUUCCCGGUGCCGGUGCGGGCGCCAAGGCCGGUGCGACGCCGGCCAACGCGGCGGCUGGCUCGGCGGCCUCGGUGGGCGACAAGCCGUCGAUGGACUCGCGGUCGAUUGACGAGCUGAUCAAGUUCAUUGAGGGCGCAGAGGGCACGAAGAAGGCGACGUCGGGCGGCAGCAAGAAGCGCAGCAACCCCAAGCGGAGGGGUGCGGCGUAA